AUGUACCCAGAAUUAAUAGAGCAAUGCAAUCUUCUCAGCUACCAAACAAAGCCAAAGAAUGAUCCUUAUAGCAACACUUAUAAUCCCGGGUGGAGGAAUCACCCUAAUUUUGGUUGGGGUGGGAAUCAAAACCGUGAACAAGGUCAAGGUUACCAAAGGCAAGGAGGUGGAUAUCAAGGUGCAAGUAGCUCACAUUUCAACAAUCAAGGAGCAAACAAUGCUUAUCAUGCUCCUAGACCACCUUAUCAAGCACCAUCUCAACAACCUCUACCUCUACAACAACCCCAAGUACCAAUACAAGAAGCAAGAAAGACACCUACCUUUGAAGAAAUGAUGGCGGCAUUUGUGAACAAUCAAGCAAAGCAAGAUGAGAAGAUCAAUGUCAUCCAACAAAGUGUGAGCAAGCUUGAGGUACAAAUGGGGCAACUAGUCCAUGAGUUGUGCCAAAGGAAGCAAGGAGUGUUUCCAAGUCAAGUAGUCAACAGUCCAAGGCAUGAAGCCAAGGCCAUCACCAUUUUGAGAAGUGGAAGGCAAGUUGAGAACAAUGUGUACAUGCCCACUAAUGAAGAAGUUGUAACUCCAAGAGAGCCACCGGCUUUUGAAAGGAGAUUAAAGCAUGAGCAAGUUGUGUUGGAUUACAAUGAAGGACAAGAUGAGGUCUUGAAAAACAACUCAAAUUCCAAGGCCAACCAUGAAAAAGAAGUGUCAAAUGAUCAUCCAAUCGAUAGAUCAUUCCAAAGAGGUAUCCCUUUCAAUCCUCCUUUGAAGAUUGUGCAAGAAGAAGAAGUGUCUCUCCCUUACCCUCAAGCUAUAUGGGAACAAGAGAAAAAACUCAAGAAAGAGAGCCAAUUGAGGGAGAUGAUUGAUUUGUUCAAAAAGGUUCAUAUAAACAUUCCACUCCUUGAAGCCGUGAAGACAAUCCCAUCUUAUGCUAAGUUCUUGAAGGAUAUGUGCAUGAAGAAGAAAAAGUUCAAAGAACAUGAGCAAGUGGCUCUUUGUGAAGAAGUGAGUGCUAUCAUUCAAAGAAAGCUUCCACCAAAGCUCAAAGAUCUGGGAAGCUUCACUAUUCCAAGCAAGAUUGGAGAAACUACGUACUUUUGA